GCUCACAUGGUCAUUCUGGGCGACUAAGCUGGAGCCCGGGUCCCUUCCGACUACCAUGAACCCAACAGAAGGAUGGUAUCCGCCGCCGCUCGUGUUCGGCGGUGAGGGGCGGUGAUGCUGCAGGCAAGGCUGCAGGUGCUGUGCAUGGCGGGAUGUGACGUCAACUCCGCAACCAACAUCCGGCACGCGCUGGUGGAGAUGCUGCUGGGGCACAAGCGACCUGCAUCGCUGCAGACUGGCGGCGGCAACGGCGGCGGGGGCAGCGGCAGCGGCGGCGGCGCGUGCGCGCAUCUUGGUAGCGGAGGGGGCGCGAAAGGCCACGUGGAGGAGGAGAGCGCAGCGCCGCCCAAGAAGCGGCGCAAGCGCGCAGGCUGAGGAGCCGGCUGGCGGUGUCUAGGUAGCGGUCCGCGGUGGGGCUGGCAGGGCAUGCGUAGCGGCAUGACAAGUAGUGCGGCUGUUGACAACUGUGCUGCGUCUGGCUGCGGUUGGCUCUGCUGUGGCAUCGCGACUGCUAGAUAGGCACCUGGUUUGGCUGUGUGCCUGUGGAAACCGACUCCGGCUAUGUCCGGGCGAUGAGGUUGUUCGGCCUCAGACUGUGGAGGGGCUCAGCCCCUUUUCCCGUGACCGGGGAACACUUGUCCCAGAGCUGUCGAAAG